CUCGGACUUCCGGCAAUUGGUGGCAAUUCGCACCCUUCGAGUUGAAGGGUGUUGUGUAAAGGCUUCAACACGUGCAACGACCACGCGACUGCAAACUGCAAAGGACAGGCCUGUUGUUGCAGUACAGUAUUAGCUCCCAGUGAGUGCCACCAUCCAGCAAAUUACGUUAUUGUUACUAGUAGCUAGCCAGUGUGUUGGAUUCAGUUGUUCAGUGGCUGCGGAAGUUGAGCAGUACGAAAGCCCCAAGAACGAGCCGAGCCAUCGCCAACGAAGCCAAGGGCUAUACCAUUAGACUAAUGGAAAAGAAGACAUGAAGGAGAAAAAGACACAGAGUCAAGAUGUCCAACCACAACCAACUGGCACCUUGUAUGAUGCGUUGGGAAAUAGUAGUGAGAAGAAAGGGGAGCACGAGAAGACUGACAUGGAGGUGGUGAUUGGACAUCAGCAUCCACUCUGCCCUGCUCUAAUUGUCUCCUCACUCCUGACACUAAGUGAUAUUAUCCGCGGCAUUGAGCCAGUACCAUCAUUAGCUUCACCAGCAGCGAAUCAAGCGGGAAGCAUCAGACAGGAUGGACCUGGAGCCUAUUCUGUACAUGGACAUAGAUCGACGAUUCAGCGCCCACGGAGCGGUCCAUUGACUGGAAGGAUUCCUGACAUGGAAGGACUGGGAUUGGAAAUGGUGCCUACAUCUCAAGCUAACAGAGAUCAUGACACUGGUCUUAUUCAUGCUGAUCCAAUUGAUGCCUCCGAAAAUGGGAUGAUUCCAACAGCAGAGCCAAUAUCAAAGAGGGCAAAAAGAUUAUGGAAGAAGAAACUGUUCUUGUUCCUUUCCAUGGAAACAAUGGUUGCCCAAGUGCUUGUAUUAAUUAUUCUUGUGGCAUUUCUGUUGGCUCCAAAAACAGGCGAUCAUAAAGAGCUGACAGAGCAGCAAAAUGGGGUGAUUCCUGUCAGUGGAAAUUCCUUUUUGGCUACUACGCCAAAAACUCAACCACCACUAUCGCUAUGGGAAAGACUGAAUCUACCUCAAUACACCCUCUCGGCAAUGGAAAAUCCUAGAUCUCCACAGACCAAGGCAUAUCAAUGGCUAAGCAUUAAUAUCGACAACUCCAACAAUACCGAGCAUCUCGCAGUAUGGAGACUAAGGCAAAAGUUUGCAUUGGCCACAUUUUAUUAUUCAACACGGGGAGACCAUUGGGUGGAAAAUCAAGGCUGGCUGGAUUGGGACACCAAUGAGUGCAACUGGACACAGCAACGAUUGUGGGAUCCACUGAAUCAAGAGGUGAAUUGUGAUGACGAUGGGAAACUCCUUUCAUUGCAAUUUUGGUAUGCCAACAACCUGGACGGUACAAUGCCGCCAGAGAUAUCCCUGCUUUGCAACAGCUUGGAAAUAGUUGCAUUUGCUAGGAACUACCAGCUCAAGGGAAGUAUACCAACAGAGGUUGGGCUGAUGACAAAGCUGGCUUUAAUUCAGUUCUUUUCAGCAACCUCGUCUGGCACACUACCAACUGAACUGGGUCAGCUACAGAGCUUGAAGAAUCUAUUGAUCUCAGGUAGAGAGCUUAUUGGGACUUUACCUACUGAACUUGGGAAUUUAAGCAAUCUGACAGGUCUGGUGUCUGAGGGAGCGAACUUUUCUGGAUCCAUCCCCGCCGAAGUUCUUCGAUUGUCGAACCUGAAGACCUUGAUUUUCUCAGAGUGCCCUCUGUUGGAUACAUCUUCUUUCCUCCCUGGAGUAGUUCGAAACCUGCACAAUUUGGAGAUACUAGGACUAGGCUCUGGAAAAACUGGGGGGUUCACAUCAAUCCCAACUGAAAUUGGCAGGCUGACCAAUCUGCAAACCUUAAAACUCACUGACUUUCGACUCAAUGGCACACUUGUGAGUGAGAUGGGAAUGUUGACAAAGCUAAACUACUUGUACUUGGAAAGGAACUCCAUCACUGGCACAUUACCAGAAGAGUUAUCAAAGAUGUCACAACUGAAAGUACUGCUCAUGAGUUCCAACCAAUUAGAAGGCAGUCCGUUGGAACAAGGCGUCCUCCACCAACUCACUCAGCUACAGGAGUUGCACAUCAAUGACAACCUUUUCUCGGGCUCGAUUGCAACGGAAAUUGGUUCGAUGAAUAGUCUUGAGAAGCUUGAAGUGCAAGAUACCAACCUAUCUGGGACUCUUCCGACCGACCUACUUUUGUUGGACAACUUGACGAGCUUGGUGUUGAGUAACACAUCCUUGACAGGCAGUAUCCCUGAUGGAUUAUGUGGUGCCAUAGUCUCGCCACACGAAAGGAAGUUUUUUGGUGGGAAUUUCUAUUCGGUUCCAACAACCAACCUGUCAGUCUGCUAUGGAACUAGUCUGUGCGGCUGUACUUGUGAGCAUUGCCCCAAAGCAUGACGCAAUGUGGUUUCAUAAUUACUUACCAGCCGGCCAUGAAACAUUGGUAGUGUAUUGCUCUCAGGAUCCCCUUUAUCAGAAGCUAGGUUUGUAAGACCUUGUUGCUAGCUAGCUCCGUAGAGGCAGGCAUUUAUUUAUAGCAUGACAGCACUAGUCUAUCAUCAGGAGGCGGAUGGUCACCAUGG